AUGGAAGUGUUGGAAACGGCGUCAAUUAAAAAUUCAAAAAAUAUGGUCCAACAAGUUUUAGAACUGCAUACUGAUUUCAGCGAAGCGCUAUCUAACACCACACGCGAAACCAUAAACCCUGCUUUGAAGCGGAAGUUAUAUAAUGAAGAAACAGUCGUAGAUGUUGAUAGUAACCCGUUUUUUGCAUCCGAACAUGAAAAGGGUUUGAAUAAUGCAAUAACUACCAGAACAAGGAGAAGCUUACUGACUGCGUGCGAAAAAAGUACGAAGGACGUUAAUAAUCAGAUAUCGAGAGACGAUGGGGAAAAGUCUUCCUUGGCGUUGUCUUGCUUUAAUAUGGAGUCUGAGGAUGUUGAAGAGAUAAAGUGUGAUUUUACAAGCAUUGAAGAGGAUUUGCUACGGCAGCCAUCGAAUGAGGAUGAUAUAUAUAUCAAGAUUCUCGCGCUUUAUUCUGCCGUCUCAACGAGCAUUACGUUCGACAAUUGUCUUAAACUCGCCCUGCCCUUACCCUGCCCAUAUUUUCACCGUUCGGGAAUGGCAG